GAGGACUCCCACAUCGCCAAUAUCAGUUCCCUUCUCAGGCUCACAACGCACGCACUGACGCACAGUAACGCAAGCUCCAGGUUCUCCCACCGCAACAACCUCCAGCGAACCCGGAAACCCUAAUCCCUAACCUUAAUGGAGUCCAUUGGCGUACUCAUGCUGUGCCCAAUGAACCCCUACCUCGAGCAAGAGCUCCAGAGACGCUUCAACCUCUUCAGGCUCUGGACCGUCCCGCAAAAGCCCCAGUUCAUCAAGGACCACUCCGCCUCCAUCCGCGCCGUCGUCGGCAACGCUUCCGCCGGCGCCGAUGCAGAACUCAUCGACGCCCUGCCGGGGCUCGAGAUCGUCUCGAGCUUCAGCGUCGGGGUGGACAAGAUCGACCUGAACAAGUGCAAGGAGAAGGGGAUUAGGGUCACGAACACGCCGGACGUGCUGACUGAGGACGUGGCGGACCUCGCGAUUGGCCUCAUGCUGGCGGUGCUGAGGAGGCUGUGUGAGUGCGAUCGGUACGUGAGGAGUGGGAAGUGGAAGAAGGGGGACUAUAGGUUGACUACUAAGUUCACUGGAAAAACAGUUGGUAUUAUCGGCUUGGGAAGGAUUGGUAUGGCAGUUGCGAAGAGGGCUGAAGCAUUUGGCUGCCCAAUCUCUUACUACUCUAGAAGAGAAAAGGCAGACACAAAAUACACAUACUAUCCAAGUGUUGUCGAGUUAGCCGGCAACUGUCAAAUUCUGGUUGUUGCAUGCCCGCUAACUGAAGAAACUCGCCACAUCGUCAAUCGUGAAGUCAUUGAUGCAUUGGGUCCAAAGGGUGUUCUCAUCAACAUUGGAAGGGGCCCCCAUGUGGACGAACCAGAGCUGGUAUCUGCAUUGGUUGAAGGCCGGUUAGGUGGUGCUGGUCUGGAUGUAUAUGAAAAUGAGCCUGAAGUACCUGAGGAACUGUUUGGGCUUGAAAACGUAGUCCUCUUGCCUCAUGUAGGAAGUGGCACAGUGGAAACUCGAGAGGCCAUGGCUGACCUUGUGAUUGGAAACCUAGAGGCUCACUUUUUGAACAAACCUUUGCUAACCCCAUUGGUUUAAUACGUUUUAAGAUUGGUUGAAACAUAUGUUUUCUUCCAUUAUGGAAUAAGGAAUUCAUUGUUUCCAGAAGCGGUCAAAUGUAUGUAGAUGCAAGAAAAAACCUUAUUGAUGUUUCUGUGUUCAUUGUUUCCAGAACUUGUCGUGUAUCUGGAUGCUAGGAAAACCUUAUUAAUGUCAAAAUGAAGGUCCUAUCUUUCAGUGCA